UUUUACUCAUUUUUAUCUACUUGUGAUGUCAUAACUUUUUACCUCUGUGUCCACUGACGUCACUAUCUUUUUCUUGAUUUUGUUGGGUAACAAAAUGUGUUGCUUAUUGUCAAUAAGAUAUCAUUUUGAUUGAUUGUUUGUACGGGUCGCCCUGCUAAUUACCUGCUAAUGUGAAUUUGAAUUGUGAACUUCAGUCAUGAAACGAUCGCCGGCCAGUUUGUGGUCACUUUUGUGGCUCUUUAGCGCCGCUUCAUUCCCUUUGGUAGAGUCCCAUCACAUUUUGGGUCUCUUUGUCAACGUCCAUCGGUCGCAGUUAAUGGUCCAUCUGGCAGUUUGUCAAGCUCUGAUCCAGAAGGGCCACCAGUUGACUUUGGUAACCACUUUGCCACUGGACGAUCAUGAUAUACGGGGGAAUGUGACACAUAUUUUAAUACCCUGGGAGCAGCCGAGAGAAGACUCAGAUCACCACACUCCCUCGGACUUCUUUCUCCGUCUGGAAAGAAUGUUUAAUCGUCUGGAGAAAUCUGGUGACUUUCUGAAUCUGCCCGAAUGGAAAGUCUUUCUGCAAGGAGCUCCUAAUCCUCAUUUUGAUCUCAUGCUUUUGGGUUAUCACUUCAACGAUUAUCUGCUGGGAGUGGCGGCUCAUUUCAAGUGUCCCGUGGCCAUAAUAUCCACCCAACAGCCCACAGGAUUCGUGAACAGUCUCAUGGGCAACCCCGAGGAGCGUUGGUAUGUCCCACAGCCCUAUGACAGUCAGCAGAGGAGUGGAAUAUCAGCUUGGAUCUUUGGAAUUUGGGAGAAACUUAUGGAAAUAAUGGCUAGGAGGGUGAUGCAGAAGAUAUACAGUUUGCACUUUCCCGAACCACAAUAUCCCGGCUUUGAAACCAUGCGCCGCUCGGUUGCCUUGACCUUAAGUAAUCAUCAUGCCAUCAGCGAAGGACCCAUAGCUCCUGUAUUACCAAAUAUGGUGGACAUUGGAGGUAUACUCUUAGAGCAAAAUAUAAAAGAAAACUCCCAGGAAAUAUCAGCUAUAAAUAGAUCUAUAAUCGUGUUCAGUCUGGGCACUCGCUUUACUUGGCAAAAGUCCCCACAUAGUUUGAUAUCUACUUUCACAAAAGCCUUCUCCCAAUUUCCCAACUACGAUAUUUACUGGACUUACGAUGGAGCAAAUCAGAGUAUUAUUAGUGUGGAUUAUCCUCAUAUAAAAAUUUCCAAGUGGUGGCCACAAUGUGAGCUCUUAGCAAGUGGAAAAGUUCGAUUGUUCAUCACUCACGGGGGCAAGGGCAGUGUCUCGGAGGCCCUGUACUAUGGAGUUCCCAUGCUUGGACUACCCCUGCUGGGCGAUCAGCGAGCCAAUCUCCAGAGGAUGCAGGCCAAAAAGUGGGGCUUGACAUUGUCCACUCACAAUUUGACCCACAAUGAGCUGCACAAGGCCAUGGCUAGAAUACUAGGUGGAUCAGAAUAUACCAAAGCUAUAUCGAAGGCCUCCCAACUAUAUCGCGAUCGUCCCAUGAACUCCAGUGACCUGGCCACCUUUUGGCUGGAGUACAUCAUUCGCCAUGACGGUGCUAGGAACUUGUACAGCCCGUCGAGGCAACUAACCUGGAUCGAAAAUCUAUCCAUCGAUGUUUAUGUUACUAUCUAUGGGGGCUUGAUUUUGAUUGUAAUUGUUCUCAGAAAAAUGAACAGCUUGCUGUGACUAGAAGUAUCGUUUAAUUGUAUACAAAUAUAUAUAUAACAUAAAGUAGCUUAA